AUAGUAUGCAGCAUAUCAUGAUACUCAACAAAAUCGCUUCGAUUAUCGAUUGUUAUGCGCAAAUAUAACGUACAUCGAUGUAUCGUUGUGGUUGUACGACGGAGACAGGUAAAACCGCUUCAGGGCCAAACCGUGCACAUAGCUCCGAGCCUUCCGCCGGUGACCACUCUAGUUUUWUUUCUGUUUAUUUUUAUUAUUAUUAUUGAUUUUUUUAUCGUUUCCUUGUACCGUAUCUAUAACCACCACCCAAUCUUUGUGACACGAUCACUAGUGUCAGAAACUACCCUCUCUCCCCAUCACACGUAUCAUUACAUAUACCACCUAUACUAAUAGCUCUACCCCGGACGAYAGCCACGUGACAUAAGUAUAAUGUGACGUCACACUCCGCUAUGAACAUUAAAGACAUACUGGUCAUGGACGGCGACGAAGGUUCCAUGGAUAACCACGGGAGUGACGUCAUCAUCAUCAACAACAAUAACAACAACGACAACUGCAGUGACAACGACAAUGCAAAACGGUGCAAGCGAGAAAUUGUCGAAGACGGAGGGUCGCUGUCUCCGCUGCAGCUGCAGCACCACGACAACGGCGUGUACUUGCGACACCGACACCGAAACGACCGACCAGACGAACCGGAAGAAGAAGACCUGAGGCAAUCAGACGACGAGGAUCGGCUAGCCGGACAUGGUACAGUCGCAUCGAUCGGCAGUGGUGGCGGCGGGGGUAGUGGCGGUGGAGGCGGUGGUGGAGGAGGUGGCGGAGGCUCAUCACCGUUCAGCCCGCACCACCAUCACCACCAUCACCACCACCGGAAUACGACGCCCACCAAUGCCGGUYCCAACAUGGGACACCACCAGGACUUCCAGCCACCGUACUUCCCGCCGCCGUUCCCUCCGGCACACCAUCACCAUCAGCCGUCCGCCGGCAACGCGUCUUCGCCGUCCGCCAUGGACUACAUCAACGACCCGUACUCGCAGACGCUCAACAGCCUGCACCAAAGCGCCCAGGCCGCCGCAGCUGCACACCACUACAAUCAGCUGACCGUGGCCGCGGUGUCCGUAGGCCAAAGGCACGAUGCCCUCCGCCGGUCAGACUCAGACUCCAUACACGUGGGCAACAUGCACCCUUCUUUCCCGUACGAGAGUGGCCGUUCCCGAGGAGGCGAGUACGGUUCCGGCGUCGGUGGAGUUCGAGGCCGAGGCGACGUGCUUGUACAGUCGCAUCCAGGCUUAGAGGACUCGCUGGUCCUGCACAACGCCCUGUCCAGCGUGGUGGAAGAAGCUCAGGAACACAACGUGGACGAUAGCAGUUCGUUUAUGAACGACUUGCCACUACUAAAACGUAUGUCCACUACCCCUUCGGAUGUGUUUUGCAGCGUACCCGGACGUCUAUCGUUGCUCAGCUCUACGUCAAAGUACAAAGUAACCGUCGGUGAAGUCCAACGCAGAUUGUCACCUCCGGAAUGUCUGAACGCUUCUCUAUUGGGUGGCGUGCUCAGAAGAGCAAAAUCCAAAAACGGUGGACGGCUAUUACGCGAAAAACUCGAAAAAAUUGGCCUAAACCUGCCGGCCGGACGAAGAAAGGCCGCAAACGUCACGCUGCUCACGUCGCUCGUCGAAGGCGAAGCGAUACAUUUGGCCCGAGAUUUUGGAUACGUUUGUGAAACAGAAUUCCCGGCCCGACAAGUGGCGGAGUAUCUGAGCAGACCGCACACGAGUGAUCCAACUGAGUCGUACCGGAGAAAAGAGCUUAUACAUGCUACAAAACAAGUGACCAAAGAGCUGAUGGACCUGCUCAACCAAGACCGUUCGCCGCUGUGCAACACCAGGCCGCAGCACAUUCUCGAUCCGAUCAUACAGCGCCCGCUCACUCACUUUUCUCUCAUAUCGCACGGAUUCGGCAGUCCCGCGAUCGUCGCCGCACUCACGGCAAUACAGAACUUCCUCUCGGAAUCUCUGAAACACUUGGACAAGGUGUACCCGUCCGGCAACAGCCUGUCGUCUCAGCAACAGCAACAGAACAACCAGCUGCAGCAACAGGACCAGAAGCCCAAAGACUUGGUCGGACUGGAGCUGAAGAAAUGAGCCUGGUCGAGGCGGGUGCAUCGCGAACCUGCCGGCGGCCCGCAACAGCACCAGCCGCCACCAGUGAACCACCAGAGGCUGCAGCUGCAACAGUCGUACGGCGGCAACCGCGACGGUCGCUGUCAGUGAUGAUGAUCGACGGCUGUCUUGCGCACAACGUAUUAAUCAUAAUAAUAAUAAUGUUAUUAUAUGCCGACAUCGGACUACCGCCGCCGCCACCGCAAUUUUCCAUUUUCUGUUUUUUUUUUUUAGAUCCAAAAUAACGGUUUUUUCUCGGCACGCGCUCGGUCGUUUUAAAUAAUAUUUAAAAACAAAAAUAAAAAUAAAAAAAAAUUGACAAACUUACAAUAUUGUAUAUUAUUAUUAUUAUUAUUAUUAUUAUAUAGUGAUAUUACGAUGUGCAGUAUAAGUUUUAUUAGAAUAUUAUGUUA